UCGGGCGACUCCGACGGCGAAGGUGCCGUGCAGGCGGAUGUCGACUCGGCGGUGGACCACCGCGGCGUCCCCGGCUGGGACAGGGUGGACCGGCUGGCCGAGGCUCUGCUGGAGCUGAAGGGCCUGUCGGUGACGGCCAGCCAGGCGGCACGCAUCCGCCAACUCUGGCUGGCCCAGCACGACGUUGACAGGCGCCCGCUCCAGUUCCCGGCUGUGCCUCGGCGCAUGUCGGGAGGCCGGGCUCUGCCACCGUCCCGGUCACGUCUGGUGGAGGCGCUUUGUCUGCGCCUGCUCCAGGAGUACCCGGGACCGCGGCGGCCCACCGCCAACCAGCCUCGCCAGGUGUCGCGCCGGCGGCUUAUCCUGGCGGCGUACGACCGGGUGCGGGGGAGGCUGCACAACAGCCGAGCGCUCCUGGAGGGUACCGGCAUCCAGCUGUACCCUCUCAACGAGAGCACGCUCGGCAAGUGGUUCAAGGACCGGACGCGUCUGGACGAGGUCCGCACGCUGCUGCAGGGCCGGGACCUGCCUGCCGAGCGACCCUUGGCGGCAGGACACCUACCCGCAGCAGCGACGCGUCCGGUCACGCCUCCCCCACGCCAGCAUCCGGCCGUGCAGCUGCCGGAGCCAGCCGACACCGUUGGCGAGGCGUCGGCGCUCGCCGAUCCAGGCCUGGUCGGCGAGCGCGACACCCUGCCGCCAACCGGUCGGCAGGUUGUCCUCCGGACAGCGCGAGAACAGGAGCUGCGGCUGGGGCUCGGCUGUGAUGGUCUCCACCUGCCGGAAAGGUUCAUCGUUGACGAAACUCGCCCUACGCCCCCCGAGGAGCAGCACCUAUCCUCCUCCCAAGCCACCUGCAACAAGAUCGGCGUGCGACUCGCCGGCGCCACCGCGUCCCACCCCAUCGGCGUGUCUACGGGCUAA